AUGCACCUGCGAAUGUUCGAACUUGCCAAGGAUUACCUAGUCAACAAGCAUCAAUACGUAGUUGUAGCAGGAAUUAUAUCACCAGUAAAUGAUUGUUAUGCAACGAAAAAGUACCUUGCUCCGAGCAAGCAUCGCUGUGAGAUGGUCAAACGGGCCUUGAAGCCACUGAAUGGUCAACAACACUGGGUUCACUUGGACAACUGGGAGUGUCUGCAGACAAAGUGGACGCGAACACUGGAAGUGCUGAAACACUAUCACUCCACUUUGAACAUUAACCAGAACUCGUCCACUGCCACCUCAUCAGACACCGUUUCACUCAAACUACUUUGCGGUGCCGAUUUGUUUGAGACGUUCAAUGUGCCCAACCUGUGGAAAGAUAGCGACAUUGAGGAAAUUAUCAGCAAUUACGGUCUGGUGGUCAUCACUCGCAAGGGAAGCGAUCCGUGGAAAACACUAAAGAACUCACCCAAGUCUCAUAUAUUCGCCAAAUACGAGGCCAAUAUCUUCAUUGUAGAAGAACGGGCAGCGAAUUGCAUAAGCUCUUCUUUAGUAAGAGAAUCAAUUUCAAAAAAUGAAAGUAUUCGAUACUUGGUGGACGAUUCAGUUGUGGAGUAUAUUGAGCAAAACAAGCUUUACCGCUAG